AUAACCGUGUGUGUGUGUGUGUGUGUGUGAGUGAGUGAGUGAUCGCUGUGCUAUGUCUCCGUCCAGGGUGUGCUCUAAUAAUAGAGGAGGCUGCCUGCUCCUUUAAGAGACCGCUUGUUGCAUACUCGACAAAAUAAAUUGUAGCAAAAUGGUCAUUAAAGUUUUCCUCGCGUCUUCGUCGGGAUCCACAGCGAUCAAGAAGAAGCAGCAAGAUGUGGUUGCCUUCUUGGAGGCUCUUAAAGUUGACUACACUCCGCUGGACAUCGCGUGCAAUGAGGACAACCGCAUGUGGAUGAGGCAGAACGUCCCUGAGGACAAGAAGCCGGCCAACGGCAUCCCCCUCCCCCCACAAAUCUUCAAUGAAGAGAGUUAUUGUGGGGACUACGACACAUUCUUUAAUGCCAAAGAGGACAAUUUAGUGUACACCUUCCUGGGGUUGCCCCCUCCUCCUGGGUCAAAGGAAGCAGAGCAAGCUGACAAGGAUAACAUUGUGGAGAAUGGCACCCAUGCUGAGGAAAACCUUGACGACACAAUAGUUCCAGUGGAGGAUCGUAAUGGGGAUUCAAAUAAAGAGGUGAAGCAGGCCACUGAUGAGAAUGAAGAAGGUGAGGGUGAUGAGGAGGAAAAGGAGGGGGCAGCAAAGGAAGAGACUGCAGAUGAUGAAGGAGAAACAGUAGGAGAUGAAGCCCCCACAGAGAAGGAGGAGGAGGCAGCAGUGGAAGAAACAGACGAGGUCACAGAAGACACUGAGGGCCAAGCAGAAGAGGAAGAAGAACAGGAGGAAGAGGAUUUGCAGUCAGAGGAGGAAGAAGAGCUACGACAGCUUGAGGAGCAAGACGAACAAGGCCGUGCUGUAGUUUCUGGAGGAGGAAGAGGAAGAAGAAGAAGAAGAAGAAGAGUUGGAAGAAACACAGGAGGAAGAGGCUGAGUAGUUGAAGCUGAGCGAUGCUGAUGAUGUCGAUUUACUGCUCUCCAGCCCGAAGGAGCCUCCCGUUCCGUCUCUUCCCGACCCUUGACACUUGGCCCGCCCCCUCAACCCCAUCAGAAAGCCCCUCCACGUCUCUGCAAAGCAGCACAUGACCCUACUGGAAACCACUGGUCAUGUCCUUGAAGGCUCCAUCCCAGCUGAAAACGCCUAACCCACAUUUGCCUUACACCCUUCCCUGUUGACUGCAAUGUUGACUUAAUUUUUAUAUUUUGCGUGUACAAACAAACUGUAAUGAAAAACGAGCAGUGUAACCUAGCGGUGUUGGUUUGGUUGUUUGCCAUGAGCAGCUUUUUGUAAAAUGCACAGUUGUUUUGUUAAACUCAGACCCUUUUCCCAUGUUGCACUUGUAGAAGUUCUACUUUUCUAACACAAAAGGCCGGCGACCUAUUUAAAAAAAAAAAAAAAAAAAAAAAAAAAAAAAAAAAAAUCCUGGCAUAUCCUAGCUUGUGACUCCUGGCUUGUAGAUUCAAAGUGUCAUAAGUCACUCUCUUUCAUAACAGUUCUGUUCUUGUGCUCCUAACUUCAUGCCUUAUCCAACGACGAGUGUGUAAAUUCAAACUGUGACUUCUAAUGGCAGCGAGAAAGGAAAUAGACACAUGCUGCAAGACUGCAAACCACUCCACCACCGCUACAGCUACUUCUGCCAGAAAUGCUGUCUAAUCAAUGCACUUUGUUGAACGAAGAGUGAGAUGUGGCUGAGAUGUUGGAAAAUAAAAUAAAGUGGACUCGUAAAAA